AUUGGCCAACUGAUUCAUUAAAAAAGAAUCGGUUCAUAAGAAUGACUGACUGAUUUCAGUCGAGUCCGGCAUCGCUACAACUCUCUCGGUUUGGUUCAACUUCUCAGACUGUAAAGCCGCGAAACAAUUUAAUCUAGUUGUUUAUUUGUCUUUUUUUUUCUUCUUCGUCGGAUAUUAAUUAACAUCAAGAUUAGGCUAAUUUCUGUUUGAGUAAGCUGUAUGAUGCAUAGCACCGAGGUCAUGCAACGCUCUAUAUUCGUGAGUGCACGAAUAUUACAUGCUGCAUGGUAGCGGUAACCUUGACAUUUCUGUACUCAAUUUGCAACUAAUGUCACGCGUAUAUACACAUCUGGGACCAAAUAUUUAUUAAAUAUUCUAGCUUGAACUUAUAAUACUACACCUGUUAAGUCUUCACGUUAAAGUUUUGCAGCGGAGAUCCUAAAAUUUGUUGUAAAAAACAAUAAGCGAUGUCAUGUAUGCAGCCCCAGAUGGCGAUGUAGUGCUGUUUAAUAUACUACCGUACACCAUGUAAUGUUCGCGCACUCUCAAUUUGGGCUUUAGCCUAACGGUCUGACGAGAAAAUCGUUCCUUUGUGUUUGAUCAAGCUAGCGAAUACACUGCAAGAUAUUAAAACUUGUCAGAACAAAACUGUUUCCGUGCUGCAUAGUGAAUACAUAUUUCACUAGAUAGUUAAUUAUGCUCCCCUAUUGAUUGAGCUAGCCUUUUCCCUCCAUAAAUGAGUAGCUAGUUAACUAGCCACCUGCUUCGUUAUGGAAAUGGAUUGGUUUCACUGUAACAACUGUUUUCUGAGGCGAGGCAAUAACUUUGUGGUGUCGAGCUGUGGCCAUGUUCUUUGUGAGGGCUGCACCCAACCAAAUCACUGCUGUGUGUGUCAAUCCAGCUGCAGCUACCUGCCUAUAUCUGACCAGAUGAAACCUCAGGAGCAGAUGUUCUUCAAAAACCCAAUAAACAUCAUUCAAACUCGACUGGAGCGUAUUGCACAGAUUGCGGCAUUCCAGAGAAAACAGAAAGAGAGAGUCAUAGCCUUCCACAAGCACAAAUUUGUGGAGAUGGAAAGAAGACUAAAGGAAGUCAAUGAACAGUACCACAGGCAGGUGUCAGAGCUCAGGAAGGAGAAUGCUGAACUUAGGAAGCCUCUUUCCCAGAGGAGGGUAUCACCUGGGACAUUUAAGGCUAACGGAAGCAUUCCAAGGAUGACAUUACCAGUGGCCGUCACUUCCCCAGUCACUCCCCUCUCCAGGACUGUAAGUCACCCAGGUUCCGGUGAUACCAUGGAGAGGUUUCGACACUUCACACCCAGCAUGGCAUCUCUGCUAGAUUCAGCCACCCCUGUAUCCUCUCUGAGUUCACUGAACGAGCAUGGAUUUAGAACACCCACUCCUCUUACCACACCAGUGAGGCCAGACCAUGUAACUCCAAACAUUUUUCAGUUCCAGUUGUUGCCUGGGGCAACAUUUCAGUCUCCCCAGCCAUGGAAUGUGUAGUGAUCCGGUAUCUAAGCAAGACAUGCCGUAUCAACUGGGUUGGUUGUAAACGUGACACCUAUAGAUCCCAUUUGUUUCAGAGAAAUUAGAUUGCAGCAGCAGUGGUUUAAAUGUACCCUUAUUUCAGUUUGUAUGUUUUAGAUACGUUAAUGGGUAUAAUGACCGUAAACUCAGUUGCAUUUGUGCAGGUCAAAGCCUGUUUGUGAAAGAUUUGAAGCAAAUGGAAAUGUGUUAUUUCUUGUUUACGUACUGUUGCAGUCCUAUAAAAAAGUAAAGUUCUGAAAUUCAAGCUU